AUGCGGCAGGACAGUGGCGGCAGGGCCACGGUGACGGAGGCUGGUGGCGGUGCGAGGGCUGGGGCCGGCGUCGCAAGCGAUGCCGCCGCGGUGCCGUGGAAGAGUCUGUGCGACGACAUCCUCGCCGCGUACAAGGCGAAGCAGGACAUUGUUGUGCUGCAGCGCUUCGAAGAGCUUCAGGCGAUGCCUGAACUUGACCUCCUCCUCGAGGCCUCGCGUCCAGGCGAGGCAACAACAGGGGCGCCCACCAAGGCGCCAGUGAACGGGGACACGCACAACAACGGUGCCACGGCUGCUAGUAGUGCGAUUAACGCGGAUGCCUUGGAAAUGGUGGAGUUCUGCUGGGGACGCGCGCUGCUCGCGGCGAAGCGGCUUGCGGGAGACGAUGAUGAGCACAUUGUCACAAUUGUGGAGGCCUUUGAGCAGCGGUUUGAGCGACCGUCUGAGUACCUGCGCGUGCUUGCCAUCACCGCGGACAGCGCACUGGAGGUCCUGCAGCUGCACCAGCUAGUGGAGGGGAGUUUAUCUGCAAGCGCCGUCACGGCUGCACUCCACAAGUUCCCUUCCCUUACUUCGGAUGAGAUGCGUGAGCUGCUAGAGUUUCUGCGCAGCAAUGACGUCUCCCUGACGAACGGCUUGUCAGAGCAGCUGGAGAAGCAUUUUGUAAUGCGCAUGAAAACAGAAGACGCAGAGGACGUCUUUCAAGAGAUGUGUUCCGCCGGCGUUGAACCCAUGUCCACGCGACCCUACAACCUUAUUUUUAUGAAGCCCACCCCAUUUAGGCACAUGAGUCCAGUUGAAUAUUAUCUUGACAUGCUUGACCGCGGCAUUGCGCCGGAGAACUCGACGUUCCGUAUCCUCUGUAAGCAGACGCAUAAUGAUGGUUUCACCAACCAGCACUUUAGGUCGCUUGCGUGGGGGAACGCAGCGUCAAACCGGCGUCGCGAGGAGGACGAUCGCGGUGGCACGCAACUCUUCUUUGCCAUGUCUCUGGAGGAUCUGGCAAAGUCUAAGCCAGAGGCAACAUUGAAGGAGGCUCUGCAUGUAUUUCGCCGUAUGGAUGUGGAGGGCACACCACUCACGAAUGGAUCCCCGGUGGUUAGCGCAUUAUUGACGCAUUUUUGCCCCCUAGGUCACUUGGAGGAUGCCGAACGCGUGCUACUUCUGGCGCAGGAGCGUGGGUUUCGACCCACCAGCGCGACAGUGCAGCAGUUGCUGCGGGGGAGCAACCCCGAUCGUUUUAACCAUGCAGAAAUGGUACUACAACAAGUGGUGGAGGCAGGUGAGGUGAUUCAGGUAGAAUGUGUUGAGCUUCUACGUCACUUUGUCGCAGAGAACAUGCGUAGCAAAGCUGUGCGUGUGCUGCGUGCCUUUGUUAUUCAAGGGUAUCAGCAUCCGAAUGAACCAAUUCCCUUCGCCAUAGCAUCUAUGGCAAUGAAAUUAGGUCCCUUUGACUGGGCUUUUGGCGUGUUGGCGAUUCUGCUUGCCACCACCGAGAAGCCAGUUGGAAGGGGUGUCCAGUCACGUAUUCGAUACACUGCUCACGACAUUCGCAGCCGAGAUCUUCUCGCAGUGCUGGAGAAAUGUGACUGGAAACGUGAACGUCUCCUCUCCGCGGCGGAACUUCAAGAGCCCGAGAGCGACAGCGGCAACGGUGGAGGUAGUGACGGUGUUGGGGCUGUCUGGGCAGGUCCAAAGAACCAUCACAGAUUAGAUCGAGGCGUGUCGUGGCUGGGGGCGAUGCACGUUGCUCUGAAGGAGAUGUGCGUAGGUUCCGAGGUCCUGGAAGCCUACAAGAAUGCCCUUCUGCGGGCCAUUGAGAAGGCAAAGGUGCACCGCAGCAGUACUGCAACCGGCUGA